AGGCUCGGGGAAAGUGUUAAAUUGAGGGACAAUCGAGUGGGGACCUCCGCGUGGUUGAGGAUCCUCGGAUUGGACGCUGAAAGUGGGCGUAGAGGACCGGGCUCGCGACCCUGGAACCAUGAGGAAACGAAGCCUCCUUCCUGUAAGGGACAGAGCACUCGGGCUGUCUGAACCAGGUGCUGGCGAACGCCACGGUUCUGAGAAAGCCUGAGGGCCGGAAGGCAGGCCUGGGAGAAGCCCUUUCCGUGGGCAGUCGGAACCUUCAGGACCAGAGGAGAAGCCAGCCCCUCACCUGGACUUAUGACCCGUGGCUUUGCCCCCAGCCUGCCCGUCGAGUUCCCCAAGAUGGGCUCCUUCCGCAGGCCCAGACCACGCUUCAUGAGCUCCCCGGCGCUCAGCGACCUGCCCCGCUUCCAGGCAGCCCGCCAGGCUCUGCAGCUGAGCUCCAACUCAGCCUGGAACAGCGUCCAGACAGCUGUGAUCAACGUCUUCAAAGGGGGCGGCUUGCAGAGCAACGAGCUUUACGCACUGAACGAAAACAUCAGGCGGCUGCUGAAGAGUGAACUUGGAUCAUUCAUUACAGACUAUUUCCAGAACCAGCUUCUAGCAAAAGGACUGCUGUUUGUGGAGGAGAAGAUUAAGCUGUGCGAAGGUGCAAAUCGCAUUGAGGUUCUGGCUGAAGUCUGGGACCACUUCUUCACUGAGACCCUCCCCACCCUGCAGGCCAUAUUCUACCCAGUUCAGGGCCAGGAGCUGACCAUCCGCCAGAUCUCCCUGCUGGGCUUCCGUGACCUGGUCCUGCUGAAGGUGAAGCUGGACGACUUGCUGCUGCUGGCCCAGCCCCAGCCACCCUCGUCCAUCAUCCAGAUGUUGCUCAUCCUGCAGAUGAGGACACUGAAACCCAGGAAGUGCAUGUGCUUGCCUGAGGCCCCACAGCACAAGAGUGUCCACGAGCCUACAGGCCCCACGGAGGGUUACUUGCAGCUGGAGGAGCUGGUGAAGCAGGUGGUUUCGCCUUUCCUCGGCAUCAGCGAAGACCGCGGCAUCUCAGGCCCUGUGUACACCUUGGCCCGGCGCCACUCCAGGGUCCGGCCCAAGGUCACACUCCUGAACUAUGCUGCACCAGUCAGCCGGCCACUGAACGAGAUGGCCCUGACCCCUCUGACGGAGCAAGAGGGGGAGGCCUACCUAGAGAAGUGCGGCAGCAUCCGGCGGCACACAGUGGCCAAUGCCCACUCGGACAUCCAGCUGCUGGCCAUGGCCACCAUGAUGCACUCAGGCUUAGGGGAGGAGGCUGGCAGUGAGGACAAGUGCCUGCUCCUGCCGCCCAGCUUCCCCCCACCCCACCGGCAGUGCUCCAGUGAGCCCAACAUCACCGACAGCCCAGAUGAGCCAGAGCAGGUGGCAGCGGGCAGCCAGGAGGACUCGGAGCUGAACUGUGCUUCCCUCAGCUGAACGCCCACCUCCGGAACCUCCUAGCCCAGGCCUGGCAACCAGGAUGGAGGACGGCUCCGCCCCAGGGAUCACCCGGAGGCUCUUCCUCUGGGCAGUGCUGCCCUAGGGCCUCUUCAGGUACAGGCCUAGUCUAGGUGCCCUAGGCAAACUCCCUGUCGUAAGCCUCUCUCCAUUUUCAUGAUUCUGACCACUGCUCUGUGGCCACACAGACCCAAAUGCCUAAUGUCCACCUUCUGACUUUCAGCCUCGCCUGCCUGACUCACCUCACUUCCUGCUCUCUGGGCUUUUCCCCUCAGAUAGGGGACUCUCCCAGGCUCCCCAGUCCCAGUGCCCCUGUGUUCCCUGAGCAGGUCAUCUGAGCUACAGGAGCCACACACAAAAACAGCAAGGAGAUGUUGGCGUGUGAGGUUCCCUCUGAGGUCUUGUGAUACAGAGGCUGCUGGGCCUGUGUGGAGUAUGAGGAGACCUCAGCCCCUCCCAGGCCUGAUUCUGGGAAGGCAUCAUUCGUUUCAGUUUCAGAAUUACCAAGAGUGGCCCCCUUGGUGGGUGAGGGUCUGCCCUCCUCUAUAUCCAGACCCUACAUGCUGCCUUGGGCUUUAGCCCAGGAGGUCAUAGGGCCAGAGGAUCCCCGUCUUUGAUGAAGCCUCAGCAUUCCCCUCUCAAGCUUCUUCCUGACUCAAGGAACUCACCUCCCUGGUGGAGUAGCUGUGCCUGCUUCCCGCUCUGACUUCAGAAAUGGAUUCUUCUCCUCUUGUGGUGGAGGGGCCAGCUGAUCCCCACCAACUAGUCUGUUCCUGGAUUUGACUUGAAUUUUUUAAAAGUGCAUCGUUUCAAAAAUAAAUUGCUUGCAAACAUUUGCACAUA